UCCACGCCGCCAUGGAGAGAAGACGGUGGCUUGACCUACCGCCGGAUCUAGCCAGCGAGAUCUCGCGCCGACUGCGCGAUGUCACCAACUUCGUCCACUUCCACGCCGUUUGCAAAUCAUGGCGUGCCUCGUGGUACCCAACGGCGACGACGACGGUCCAAUUCCUGCCAUGGCUCCUCGCAGCGGUGAAGGAAGACUCGACGCGCCUCGAGUUGAGAUGCGUCCUCUCCGGGUCAAACUACCGCUCGCAGCCGCUGCUGUCCGAGCCCUGGGGGAUGUGGGGAAUCAGCACCGGCGGCACCGCCCUCUGCUGCCUGACCAUUGAUAGCCUCCGCCCUAGCCUCCAUGACCCUCUCACCAGAGCCACUGCACACCUGCCUCCGCUCCCGCGCGAACUCGGCCUGUGGGGGAAGACGAUCAAUCCGUACGUCAUUAUCAACGACGACGGCACAAUCCUUCUCUACAGCAUCUCCUACAUCAGCAACAUGGUUGGGAUUAGGCCCACGGCCAGUUUCAGGGUGGCUCUACUUCGCCCCGGAGACGCAGAGUGGACGAUAGUCGAGAGGACCCUCGAGUGCCCCACCUGGUCAUCCGAACAUGAUUUGACGUGUGUCGCAUACCAAGGCGGCAAGAUCCUGGUCAUCAUGGAGGCUGGUACAUGCCACGUCGUCACACCAAACACCGAUGUCACAAGUGACGUGCUUGUCAGGGACGAGAGGGUGUUGCUGCUGGAAGCGUUUUUCGGUGAAUCCACCUACGCGUACAACUACGUCUUUAAGUCCCGUGGCGAAAUUCUAUGGGUGUCGAUUCAGACCGGGGAAUAUUACAGGUAUCAGCCGGGGCCAGACCUUCUAGAUGUCACGGUUUCAGUGCAGGCACUCCAUGAGCCGGCAUUGUCAACAUUGCAGGCACCGGAGAAGAUGACAUGGUUGAGGAGGGACGGACAUAGUCUAGCCGACCAUGUGUUGUUCCUGGGUGCGCGCCAUAGCUUCGUUGUGGAGGCGGCGCGGGUGCCCAACGGCCAAGGCGGGUGUGCCUACUUUGUCUACCAAAAUAAUAGAACCUUUACAUUCGGGAAGCGUGGCGUGUUCAGGUGCAACCUCAUUGAUGGCAAGACCGAGCUAGUACAGCGGCUGCCUCGAUGUUGGGACGAGAAGAUAUGCACAUGGUUCAACCCUGCGUCCGUCAUUAAUCCUCCUCAGGAAAUCAGCGAGUGGUCACUGGAACAGCAGCCAAAGAUAGCUCCAACAAUUUCUAGUCGCCCAACACACACACUUCACAUCGAGAGACAUCGUGUGCCAAGUUUUAGGUUACUGGUGCGCGGACUGCCUCUCACAGUGAAGAGCACUCAGCUACGACUCUUCUUCAGCCAGCACGGCAAAGUGUCCAGUGCCGAGGUGAUCUGCUAUAAGAAAACUGGUGCGUCACAGGGCAUUGGGAAUGUAGCUAUACAAAUGACACAUGCCCAUGAGAAAGAUGCCCUUGCUGCUCUCAGUGAACUGGUUUUAGAUGGAUGCCGUCUUGAGGUUAGCUUGGUGAAGGAAGGGCAGCCACGACAGCGUCGGCACCGGCGUCAGCGUAGAUAUAUCUAG